GCUGGGAGCGUCAGCGCGUCUUUUUGAAUACUGUUGGAGGACUGUCUGCCGUCAUGGAUACUACUGCAGAGUUUUAAGCUGGAUAUGACUGCAAGGGCUUUGAAUAUGUCUGGACGUUUGACACCACGGAAACGAAAGCUGAGUUCCCUUGGCUCUGACUGCUUUUUGCCUGCAGUUGAAGCUCCAGUAAAGAAACUGCUUUUGGACUUCAGCACAGAGUCUCCUGUUAAGACUCCCACAAAAUUUAUCAUCAGUCCACUUUCAAGGAAGUUUGCUGAAACAUAUGAUGGAGACAAGGAAAAUUCUGGUAGUAUCCAUGCAGCUCCAAAUCAGUUACUGAAAUCUCCAUUACAAACUGUUUGUGCACCCAGAUCUAUUUAUCGUUUGUCUCCAUUAAAACCUCAGUCACCUCAGCAUGGUUCUCCGUGUCAGAAUAGUAUGUCAGCAUGGUCAUUCUACAGUAAACGCAGAGCACUUUAUCUCACACCACUGGAAAGGAAAACAUUGAAUGAAAGCAAGCCCCUUGUGGAAGGUGUUGAUGGUAAUAAAGUUCGUAGUCCACCACAGAUUAACAAAGUGCUAGAAAAAAAUAAGAACUCUUCAAAAAAGACAAGUCAUUCAAAAACACUUAAUUCAGAGCUCCAGUCUUCAAAGCGUGCAAACUGUGUCCCUAAGCAAUCUGAAUUAAAAUUUGAUGGUUUGAAUUCUGUACCAAGAAAAGAAAGUGGUAUAAUAGAAGUUAGUACACGGCCCCCAUCGCAGCAUAUUGGUCUUAAAAUAAAGCCAAAGGUCACGCUUUGUGUGGGAGCAGCUUUUUUUGCAGUUGGUAAAAAGUUCUGUUUGCCUAAGAAAAAAGCUGCAGGUGUUAAUCCCAAACCUGCCAUAGUAAAAUGUAAACUGAAUGCUGAAGGGCUGCAAACUUUGCAGGACUCUGGUAAAUUGUACCUUAAAAAGCAAAGUAAAAUUGGAACCACCAUUGAUAAAACGGAAAUAAAGAUCGCUUCUGACAAAGUGCAGAGUGAACACACCCAUGCCACAAAAGCAAGUGAAUGUGAAAUGCAUAACUUGCCCAAGCAGGGGGGAAUGAGUAAUUCUGUUCCUGACAUGGUAAAGAAUAGUUUGAAAGAAAAUCCCCACCUGUUGACUAGCUCACAAUGUACAGAAAUUAAGUGGUUUGAAGAGUUUAAAGCCAAGUGCCAGGAACAGAAAGAAGAGCUUUUGUCAGAGGAAUGUCUGAAUGUGCCAGAGUCUUUUUUUCAGCUGCGGUCUGGGGAGAAAAGCUCCUCAAAAGUAAGCACAAAGUUUACAAAGAAACAAUUUAUGAGUAUAUUACCAGAAAAUAUAGUGUGA